UCUUCCACACCACCGCUGCCACCAUGUCGGAGCGGGAGGAACGUCGCUUUGUGGAGAUCCCGCGAGAAUCGGUUCGACUGAUGGCGGAGAGCACUGGCGUGGAGUUGACGGAUGAGGUGGCUGCUCUGUUGGCUGAGGAUGUCUGUUACCGCCUGCGAGAAGCAACUCAGAACAGUUCCCAGUUCAUGAAGCACACGAAACGGCGGAAGCUGACGGUGGAAGACUUCAACCGAGCGCUACGCUGGAGCAACGUGGAGGCGGUGUGUGGCUACGGCUGUCAGGAGGCCCUCCCUUUCCGUGCCAUUAAGGAGGGAGAGCUUUAUUUCCAGGAGGAUCGCGAGGUCAACUUGGUGGAGCUGGCUCUGGCCACCAGCAUCCCCAAGGGCUGCGCCGAGACCGCUGUGAGGGUUCACGUCUCUUACCUGGAUGGAAAAGGGAACCUGGAACCUCAAGGAUCCGUGCCUAGCGCCGUCUCGGCCUUGACGGAUGACCUGCAAAAGUAUUACCAGCACAUGACCCGGGCUGUGUUGGGGGAUGAUCCCCAGCUGAUGAAGGUCGCCCUUCAGGACUUGCAGACCAACUCGAAAAUCGCAGCUCUUCUGCCUUACUUUGUCUACGUUGUGAGUGGGGUUAAAUCGGUGAGCCACGACUUGGAGCAGCUGAACCGCCUUCUGCACGUGGCCAAGAGCCUCAUCCAGAACCCCUACCUGUGCCUGGGCUCCUACGUCAAGAGCCUCAUCGCCAGCGUCAUGUACUGUGUCCUGGAGCCCCUGGCAGCCUCUAUCAACCCCCUCAACGACCACUGGACUCUGCGGGACUACGCAGCGAUGCUCCUUGGCCACAUUUUCUGGACUCAUGGCGACCUGGUGAGCGGCCUGUACCACCAAAUCCUGCUGUCCCUGCAGAAGGUGCUGGCCGACCCUGUCCGCCCCCUUUGUUCCCACUAUGGGGCAGUGGUGGGGCUGCACGCCUUGGGCUGGAAGGCUGUGGAGCGGGUUCUGUACCCCCACCUCUCCACCUACUGGUCCAACCUGCAGGCCGUGCUGGACGAUUACUCCGUGUCCAAUGCUCAGGUGAAGGCGGAUGGGCACAAGGUCUAUGGGGCCAUUCUGGUGGCUGUGGAGCGUCUGUUGAAGAUGAAGGCACAGUCUGUUUCAGCACCAGUCCAGUCAGAGGGGGCAGGUGGGGAGGGGCGUGCACGGGAGGGUUAUCCCUGGCUCAGCCCCCUCCAGGACCCCCAAGUGGAGUUCGGCUUUGGCAUCGCCAGCCACUUGUUACAGCUGGGCAGCGGAGGUCCCCAGGCAGGCAUGGGCAUCUCUGCCAACCCGCCUGCCGUCUCCCUGAACGAGACUUACCAGGAACUGUACUAUUUCUUUGGGGACAGCUUGGCCACCCGCUUUGGCACAGGCUCCGGGCUCUGCCCCACAGAACCGGUGCCCGCCAGCGCUCCUAAGGUGGUGGACACCAAGAAAGAACAGCCGGCCUUUGGGGCGGGGGACGCGGUGCGGAAGAUGCCCCAGCUGACCGCGAAUGCCACCGUCAGCCCUCGGGAGGAGGAGAGCCCUCGUGGAGACUUCACAACCAGCCGGGCACCUUUGCACCGUUCGGCCAGCCUGGCCCGGUCCCGGAGCGCCUCCCGCCAGCAGGGCCACCGGCCCGGCAUCCGGGACGUCUUCCAGAAGUGCCGCUUCUCCCCGCAAGGAGCGCCUCGUUUCAGCUUUGUGAUCGCCGGGCGCCAAGUGGAGCGGCGGUGUCAGGGCCGCCUCUUUCAGACCUCCUUCCUCCAGCACCAUGGCCCCAGCCCCGUCUCCCGCUACGCCCAGAAGCUGCCCAUGAUCGGCAGGACCGCCAAGCCCGUGAAGAAGUGGGCCCACUCCGAGUAUUCGCUGUACUUGCCUCUUUGAGGAACAUCCUGUGCACGCAUGCUUCU